AUGAGUGUCUACGAUCCACUUGGACUCAUCUCAAAUAUAACUGUGCAUGGAAGAAUCCUCAUGCAAAGGCUGCACAUAGAAAAUAUAGAUUGGGAUGACGAAAUUCCCGAGAAGUUGCAGUCAGACUGGCAACACUGGUUAGAAAUUAUUGAAUCUGCUGAUAGCGUAACGAUACCAAGAUACAUCCUCGAAGAAAGAACAGGUGAAGUAGAACUACACACCUUUGUAGAUGCUUCUGAGAAAGCAUUUUGUGCAUGUGUGUACGUAAGAAGUAUAUCUGGAAACACACCACACGUAAGACUUCUAUCAGCAAAGUCUAGAGUAGCACCAGUCAAACCAUUGAGCAUACCACGCCUAGAGCUACAAGCGGCCGUGUUAGGAAGCCGAUUAACCAAAACGAUAAUAGAUGAAACGAGGUUGAAAAUCGUCAGCAAAACAUUUUGGAGUGAUUCACAGACCGUAUUGUCAUGGAUCAAGAGUCCAAAACGAAGAAGCGUAUUUGUGAUGCAUCGAGUAGGUGAAAUCCUGGAAGAUAACAGGAAAAAUGAAUGGCGAUGGGUGCCAACAGAUGAAAAUCCAGCCGAUGAAGGCACAAAGGAAAAGCUAGGAAAAUCACAAUGGUUUGAGGGACCUGAUUUCCUAAAGCUCUCAGAAUCGUCAUGGCCUUCCAUUGAAGAGAAGGAAACAGACGAAGAGUUGAGAGAAACAGUGCUAGUUCACGAAGAACUAAGCAAACUUAGUUUCAUCGAUAAGUACAAGGAAUACUCAGAUUGGUGGAAAUUGGUGAAGAACCUUUGUGUAUUAAACAGGACAAAGGAAAGAUUACGUCGUGGAUAUAUUCCAGACAUUGAGUACAAGGACUACCAAAGAGCUGAGAACGUGCUCUAUAGAAAGAUGCAAUGGGAAGCAUUUCCAACAGAGAUGGAAACUUUAUUCAAUGGCGGAACAAUAUCGUCAGGACCAUUGGUCAGUUACGCACCCUUCCUAGACGAGGCAGGGGUAAUGAGAAGUGGAGGACGUUUGAAGAAAGCCAUGUCAGUACCAUGGACUACAAGAACGCCAAUAUUGCUCCCACAAAAGCAUCCAUAUACAUAUUUGAUCGUGAAAGCAACACACGAAAGAUAUUUCCACCACGGCGAAAACACCGUCAUAGCAGCAUUACGGCAGAAGUAUUGGAUACUGCAUAUAAGAACAGUAUUAGCAAACGUCAAGAAGAAUUGCAAUAGGUGCAAAAUACGACGUGCAACUCCGGUAGAGCCGAUGAUGGCAGAUUUACCACAUUUCCGCACAGAAGCGCAUAUACCUCCAUUUACAAACUGCGGAGUAGAUUACUUCGGACCUUUCGAAGUAGCGGUAAAGAGAUCGCUCGAGAAGAGAUGGGGCGUCAUAUUCACCUGUCUCUCAACAAGAGCAGUACAUAUUGAGAUGGCAGAAAAUCUCAGUACUGAUGCGUUCAUGGUCGUGUUAAGGAACUUCCAGAACCGAAGAGGAAAGGUCACCAGUAUCUACAGCGACAACGGAACGAACUUCGUUGGAGCAGAGCGAGAGUUAAAGUCGCUAGUCAAUGAAAUCAACGAGAAGAUGGGCAAAAAUGAAGCAGCAAAAAUGGAAAUCCAGUGGAGAUUCAACCCACCUUCAGCACCACAUUUUGGAGGCGCUUGGGAGAGAUUAAUAAGAAACGUCAAAGUAGCACUAGCAGAGAUCCUGAAAGUUUGGGGUAGGAGCAAGCCAUCAGCAGCAACGUUGCAAGCUGCAUUCAUCCAAGCGGAAUUUUUAGUCAACUCUCGACCGUUGACACACAUACCAGUCUCCUGCAUCGACGAUGAAGUGUUGACGCCAUUCCACGCGUUAAUAGGAAGAGCAGGAGAGUAUGCCCCACCGUAUGCACCAACGACCAGUCAGUAUGACACAGCGCAAUGGAGACGCAUUCAACAUUAUUCCAAGUUGUUUUGGAACCGAUGGAAGAAGGAGUACUUACCAACUCUGUUAAAGCGUAAUAAAAAUACGCAGAAAGUAGAACCGAUCAAAGUCAACGACAUCGUCUUAAUCACGGACGACGACGCACCACCAGGAAAAUGGCUUAAAGGACGAGUCAUCGAAACGUUUGUGGCGAGCGACGGGCAAGUUCGCCAAGCAAAGAUCCAAACCGCGAAAGGUGUCCUGAAACGACCGGCAGUUAAAAUUGCAGUACUGGACAUUAUCAAGGGAAAUGAUCCAGCCAUCAACUAA